CUUAAGAAUUAUUCUGCAAUAUAGUCUCAUCAAUUAUGGGCAAAAGUUGUGUCCCUUCAUAUUUUACAUUCUUAUUCUCUCCUUAUGGACUUUCUUACACUUGCAGCAACUGAAAGAUUCCACUUGAUAACUCUCUUCUCUUUUCUGAUGCUUCAAGUCAGAUUAAAGCUUCUCCAAAUUUCCCUCUAUAAAUUAUGAUUUCUUACAAACCUAUAUACAUAAACAGAUUCUAAAAUAAACAUAACAGAAAAAAAUGAAAUACGCAGAUAUAUCUCAUUUUAGCCACCCAAAACAUAACCUCAGAUACGACUACACGGAGAAGCCCUUCCAGUGUGAUGGCUGCAAUGAAGUCGGGAUUGGCUCUCACUAUCGCUGCUCAAAUGAUCAUCAAAGCUGCGAUUUCGAUCUCCAUGCACAUUGCGCCUUACCUUCCGCCUCCAUAACACAUCCGUUCUACAAAAAGUGUACGUUUCAGUUUUUGGCCAAGCCGCCAGGGAAUGAGAGACGGUACUGCAACGCAUGCCAGAAGGACGUGUCAGGCUUCGUGUACCAUUGCAAGGCAUGCGGGUUUGAUCUUCACCCGUGUUGCGCUAUGCUUCCUAUGGUUUUGGACGAUGGAGGGACCAAACUCUUCCUUUACCGCAAAGUUAGCUCGUCUUGUCAUCGAUGUGGAAGAAAAGGCCGUAGCUGGAGUUACAGGUCGUCUUGCAAAAAGUACAAUCUCCACGUAGCGUGCGUGAGGGAGAUGUUGGUGGAGAAUUGGUGGGAGCUGUACAAAGGAGAACGUGGUAAAAGCACAGAAGGCAAGAGCCUGGCUUUGAAGAACACGCUUGAACAUCACCACCGUAGCAGCAGCAAAGGCAAAGUCCAGAAAUGCUGUGAGAUCGCUGGAAUGGCCGUGCAGUUCGUUAUCUCCGCCGUGCUUGGCGAUCCAACGGCCCUUGUCGCCGGGGUUGUAGGUUCUCUCAUCUCCCGAGGAUGAUCCACCUUCUAAUUAAUGAUAUCUCCAUUUUCCUACUUUGCGUGUGUUAAUUAUCGUGUUAUAUAAAAAAAACUCUUACUUAAGCAUACACGACCCCACAAGCCACAACUUCACCCCUGAACCUUACACAAAGGG